UUCAUAUUCAUUGAAAUAUUCCUGUCAAUCAAAUGCUGGGCAGAGCUUACAGCUGCACUGGGUAAAGACACAGAGACAGACUCUGUAUAAUUUUUUUUUGUGGUGCCAGCAGCUUGUUUGUUUAUUUAUUUAUUCGUUUGUGAUCACAUUUCACAAAACAUUUUAAAAUUGUUUCAGGCUGAGAGCUCGUUUGUUGACCUUCUGUUUCACAAACCCUACUAUAAGUGAUUUGGCAUCUGUCUGUUUACAUGUUUUGGAAUUCUUAUUACAGAUGUACCCUUCUAUACCACACACAAACUUUAGAUUUUUUUAUUUAUAUAUAUGACACUACAUAAAAUAAAUAACAACCAUUUUGUCAAUUUGUUUAUUUCUUCCUUGCCAUAGGAGAGAAUGAUUUUCCUGUUGUUGUGCAGUAGGGUUUGUUAUGUAGGUCAGGCCAGGCUUAAGCAGCUUUACUGAACCUGCGUCAGCUUAAGCUUAGAGGAAUUUGAGCAGAGCCCUCCCCUAUAGGCGUGGGCCUAAUCGAGGCUGGCCUAGUUAAGCCUGAUUUUUUUUUUUUUUUUCCCCCUUCACGUUUCUCUGUGUGAAGAGUGACCAUAUAACUAAAGCAGCAUAGAACUCAAACACUUGUUUUAAAAGGAAAGACAAACAGGCAGAUAGUUCAAGGGAAAAGACAGGGGAAGAGGUGAGGAGAAGAAGCAGAGAUUAGGGCAUACAGGACCAUCUUAGAACCAAGAUGUCUGCUUUGUUAAUGACAAGCAGCAUGGUGGGCAAGGUGCGCUCUUCGAACUUUACUAUGUCUGAGAAACUGGACCUGCUCCGCCUGAUUCAGCCACAUAUCCGCAUUUUGGAGGAGCAUGCAAACAAGCAUGCUGUUAUUGUGGACAAGAACCGGUGCUGGGAGAGCAUAACCGAGCGCUACAACAACCUGGGAGGAGAGAGGCCCCCCCGGACCGUCCAGGGGCUCCGGACCCUUUACAAACGACUCAAAGAGAGCGCCAAACAAGAACUGGUCCAGCGGAGCCAGGACCCGGCGGAGAAUCGGGGCAGCAUCUCAGAACCAACCAAACGCAUCAUGGAGAUGAUUCCACAGCUAUUUCAUGCAGGGGACAAAGAGCAAACCACGCUCCAUAGAUUGCAAAACUCCCCAGUCGAGCCAUCCAGCCGCAGUUCGUCUUUUCCUGCCAUGCCUGAAUACACACCUGCGCCCAAAGCAGUGAGAGUGGAGUCAGAUGACGUUAAACCUCCACCUGAUCUCCAGCUUGUAGUCCUGCAUGAUUCACCUGUUAAAUUAACACCACCACUUUGUCAGGAUCACGUCGCACAGACUGAGAACGAAGUUGAGGAGGAGGAAGAGGAAGAAGAACUAGCCUCUACUGUUUAUGCAGCAUCCUUCUCACCUUGCCCCUCCUCCGUGCAUCUCCCUGCAACACCUCCAGCUCCCGUGUCCAAACGCAGCCUAUAUGAGAGGGGCGGUGUUUUGUUUAGAAACCCUGCCCUGGAGGCGGAGUCUUUGCAGAUGAUGCGAGAGGAGCAUGAACUUUUACUGGCCAAUCACAGGAAGCUUGGACAAUAUUUAGAUGAGAAACGGGCGGGGGUAAAAAGAAAACAACAGUUGGAGGAAGAGCUCUUGAAAUCAAAGGUCAAAGUGGAAAAAUUAAGGGCUGCACGACUACUUCAUGGACUGCCCCUAAUGUAG